UCUCUAACUGUUUUGUCAAUAAAAACUCCCGUGUCCCUCACACACCUCUCUCACCGUUCAGCUCGCAGCACACAACCCCACUCUCUCUCUCUCUCUCUCUUGUCCUGUCCAUUUAACAGAGGACUAUCAUCUUAUCCUGAAACAUGUUGUGGAAAUCACGGAGCAAGACAGAACCGUACUGCUUACAGGAGCGCGCGGACGGACUGUCUAGCUCCUCUCCGAGCGGCCGACUCUCUCAGCUCUCCUCGCUGAACCAGGCAGCUUAUUCCUCUGCUCCUCCUCUCUGCCACACUCCGGCCUCCGACUUCCAGCCACCCUACUUUCCACCUCCAUAUCCCCAGUCCUCACUCUCCUACACCCAGAGUCAAGACACCGGAUACCCGCACUUACCGGAUCCCUAUUCAUCCAUCAACUCCCUCCAUCAGCAUCAGCAGGCAGCGUGGCACUCUCAGCGCUCGCGCUCAGAGGACACGGGGCUUCUCUCACAGUCACACCGAGCUCUGAGUUUAGACCCGCGGCGGGAGUAUCCGGGCGUGCCGCGACUUCUCCAUCAUGGACUGGGUGAAGGAGCAGCGGCACUGGGUGAAGGUCCUUUGGGAAUGCAUGCACUGGGUCAUCACGGUCUGGAUGACAUUCAAGGCAUGGAGGAGUCAUCAGCUUUGGGAAUUCUGGACCAUUCUGUUAUCAAGAAAGUUCCUGUGCCAUCCAAGCUAAACGGCUCCGCGGUCUCAGCCUUGUCCCUCACUAAAGAUGGACUGGGCCUUGGAGGCGUGUCCAACCCUGCAGAGGUUUUCUGCUCUGUCCCUGGUCGCCUGUCUCUGCUUAGCUCCACUUCCAAGUACAAGGUCACAGUCGGAGAGGUGCAGAGACGUCUGGCUCCACCCGAGUGCCUCAAUGCCUCACUGCUUGGAGGAGUCCUGCGCAGGGCCAAAUCAAAAAAUGGAGGCCGCUGUCUGCGAGAACGUCUGGAGAAGAUCGGUCUCAACCUGCCUGCAGGCCGUCGAAAGGCAGCCAAUGUCACACUCCUCACGGCACUGGUGGAAGGCGAGGCGGUUCAUCUCGCACGGGACUUUGGGUACGUGUGUGAAACAGAGUUUCCAGCCCGGGCCACAGCAGAAUAUCUGUGCAGACAAAGCGAACCGGACCAGCUGCCCACAAGACGCAGUAUGUUGCUGGCCACCAAGGAGAUUUGCAAAGAAUUUUUGGAUUUGAUGUCACAGGACAGGUCACCUUUGGGCGGCAGCCGCCCCACCCCCUGCCUGGAGCCUGGGGUGCAAAGCAGCCUGACCCACUUCAGCCUCCUCACCCACGGAUUCGGCACGCCCGCCAUCUGCGCUGCCCUAUCGGCCUUCCAGAGUUACUUGCUAGAGGCCCUAAAACUGCUGGAUAAAGGGGAGGGAGGAAAGAGCCACCACGACAAAGAAUUAAAGCAUCGCAAAUGAACACAAAAGACUUUUUGUGGGCCCUCGCUCACUUUAAGGAGCGUACGAGUGUAUUUAUGUGUAUGAAUGUGUGUCGAUCGGCACCGUUUACAGACGCAAACCUGUACGGACUGGUGUCUGAUGAUAUCCGAGGUCUCUUGAGAGAGACGGAAAAUGCAACAAUUUUGUUACGGGCCGAACUUGGACCACAAACUCCCUCUGGACCGUCAGGAGGAUAUGACUGACUGGUAUUCGUGUCCUCUAGGGGCCAUGGGCCAAAACCAAUCAAAUGUGGACAAUAAGAGUUGGGGGAGGCGCAUUCAAUGAUUUUUUUGUACUUCAUGUUCUAUGUUUAUUAUCAAUGUUACUGGUAUUCUUAUUGCUGUAUUGCAAUGUAAAUGUAAUAUAUUAAAGCAAAAGCAACAAACUGCAUCAUGCAAAGAAUAUGUAGAAGUUUCUGUUUCUUAAGCAGUGCAACAAUUUAAAGAAGAAAAUCAAGAAAAUACAGGGAAAUUGCAAAGAUGUAUC